AGCAAGAUUCCUUGAUAAAUAAAAAAUCUUUUUGUUUCCUUUGAUAAAUGUUUUCAUUGCAUCCAUGUAUUUAACAACGGUAUGGUAUUAAUGAAGUGUUGUAAAUAAAAAAACAAUAGGAAAGUGCAAGUUACAUAGCCCGAUAUAUUAGUGCUUCAAGAUAGCUCAACAAACUUAAUGCUUCAAAAUAUUUCACACAGAUCUUGCUCAGUUUAAUUAAGCAAUAAUGGCUACAGCUUCAUUUGCAGAAAAUGAUACACUGCUCAACAACUCAAUGGGCCAAGUAAGCAUAUAUAGGCCAGAAAGCAAUGAUGAACUCUGGAGGGAAUGCACCACUUGGCUUACGCGAUGGGAAGUGCUUAGAUCUGAUCACAAGGCCAACUGGCCGACAGCUUCUAUUGUAGAUUUGGCGAAUAUACUAAGAGAUGGUGUAUUGCUUUGUAAAUUAGUUAGUAAAAUAGAUCCUGGUUGUAUAGAUAUGAAAGAUGUCAACUUAAAACCUACUUUAGCGCAAUUUUUGUGUCUAAGAAAUAUCAAUCUAUUUUUAAAAAUAUGUGAGAAAAAUUUUGCGCUGAAAGAGUCUGACUUAUUUGAAGAUACGGCGUUAUUUGAUCUGACGAAUUUCCAUAAAGUAUUAUGUACAUUAUCAAAGCUUUCUUUGUGUUCAAAAGCCAGGUUUCAAGUACCGGGAUUUGCCGCCCAAAAACUGAAAAGAGAGGAGAAAAUGAUAUUUCAGAAUCUCAGGAGUGUAGAGAUGCCAGUCAGACCGAGGAGUCUUGCCGACAACAAUGCUUUUACUGUAGCUAGUGAAGAAAUAUAUCAAGAUUUAUGUCUUGACAGAACGACGAUCGAGCAUCCUCAACCGACUGAAAAAAGGGAUUUUGUGAUCAAGGAACUAUUAGAUACUGAAAAAAAUUACGUCGAUGUUUUGGAGAAAUUAAGGAAAAAUUUUAUGCUACCAUUAGUUAAUCAAAUGAAACCAGAACAUCACACCCUUGUAUUUUUUAACAUUAAGGACUUAAAAGAUGUGCAUGCAGAAUUUCUUGAGGAAUUAUUUCGUAUUCGUACACAUCCAAGUACCAGAAUUAGUAAUAUUUUUAUGAGAUUUAGGGAAAAGUUUUUAAUUUACGGAAUGUAUUGUGCCAAUCUGACGAAAGCUACACAAAUAUUACAAGAAUUAUGUGACUCUGACGAAGUAUUUAAUCAAACUGUUAUCAAAUAUGAAAAAGAAGUUAAUAAUGGUAGGUUUAAGUUAAGAGAUGUACUAUCUGUGCCAAUGCAACGAAUUCUCAAAUAUCACCUGUUGUUGGAUAAACUUAUUGAACAUACUAGUGAGUCUCACGAAGAGUACAAUGAUCUGAAAAGAGCCAGAGAAACGAUGAUAGAUGUAGCCGGUUAUAUCAACGAAGUAGCAAGAGACAGCGAACAUUUAGAAGUGAUAAAUAAUUUGCAAGAAACAAUAACGGAAUGGAAUCUCGCGCCGAAUCAAAAAUUAUCAGAUUAUGGUCGACUGGUGAAGGACGCGAGCCUUAGAAUUAAGGCUCACGAUGACCAGAAGAAUAAAAAUAGAUAUGUGUUUAUUUUUGACAAGUGUAUUUUGAUCUGUAAACAAUUGAAGGGUAACCAGUUUGCCUUUCGUGAUCUCAUAAAUAUAGCAGAUUAUCACGUUGACGAAAUCCACAAUAGGGCUGUCUUAAAUAAAGAAGCCCGAUCCUUUUACCAGUUUUGUCUUGUAAAAAACGACAACCAGAACGCCUAUACAAUUUCUUUGCGAACCGCAGAGCUUAAGCAACAAAUAAUCAAAGCCAUCAAGGAUUGCAUAGAUAAUCUUAAACCGAAAGAAUUAAAACACACCAGUCACAAUUUUGAGCUUCACACUUUUCUCCAACCCACUCCCUGUCUAUUCUGCUCGAAGUACCUUAAAGGCCUAAUUUCCCAAGGUUACAAGUGUUCUACGUGUGGCAUAAGCGUUCAUAAAUCGUGCAUACACAAAGCGGGAAAAUGCGGCCAUAAUGUAGUUACAAGCAACUCCAUGACAAACGGAUUCAAUGAUCCGUUACGGGACAAGUUAUGGUUUGUCGGGGAAAUGGAUAGGGUUAGCGCUAGUAUGAAGUUGGAAAGGAGAGAGAACGGGACAUUUAUGGUUCGGCUCAGGCCUUUGUGCGACACAAACGACAUAUAUGCCCUAACAUUAAAGACUGAUACAAUAAAACAUAUGAAGAUAUGUUGUAUAACUGAACCCCAGGGAACGGACUCCAAAAAGUAUUAUUUGUCUCAAUCGAAGUUUUUCAACAGUAUUGAAGAACUAGUGCUCAAUUAUCAAAAUUACAGUCUCAACGAAAAUUUUAAUGGGUUGGCCGAAGACACGAAACUAUUAUGGCCGUUUCGACAAUUAAAAGCAGUUGUUAUUAACAAUUAUGAUGCGAAAGAUAAAUUUCAAGUUAGUUUAAGGGUAGACGAAGUUGUUAUUGUUAUUGGUAAAGAAGGUUACAAAGAAGACUUUUGGAAAAUUAGAACUACAAUGAAUGAGGUCGGGUUCGUUCCAUCUCGUAUACUGAACGUGGAAGGAGAAGUUAGAUUUGAAUCUUAACAAUGUACGAUCAUCAAAAUUGUGUUACUAGUCAAGAAAAAGAAAAAUGUUGAAACUGCAAUAAUAGUUAGACAUACUCAACGAUGUUUAUGUGUAAAUAAUUUAUAAAUGUUGAUUUUAUAGAAUUUUUUAUAGGUCUUAAAUCAUUUCUUAUAUACGUCUAUAUUUUAUAUAUAUAAAAAAGAACUUUAUAAUUUAUAGCAUGAUAAAUAAAGUACAAUUAUUGUUCAUGAAAUA